CAAUGCAGUUUUGUUUUUUGUUUGCCCCUUUUCCUUUUUAGCGAUAUUGAAAAAUACGAGCACAUAUCUGUAGUUUAAGAUGUGACGACACACAAGAGCAGCAACCGCAGGGGGGGGGGUGGUUGCUUUCCCGUAACCAGAUCAAAUGGCAAAUGGCAACAAAAAAUAAGUAAAAUUUCAGAGCCAACCAGCUAUGUCCUGGCCUGCUGUAAUUCCUCGAGGUUUGACAUUGCGCCCCCCCCGCGAAACGACAAAUUGUUGUCAAAUAUUUGGUCAACACUUCAACAAUGCUUGGCAGCAAUUUGCAAACGUGCCCCUGCUGGCAGGCAGGGAGCUCUGCCCCAGCCGACUGCCAAUUGAAGCCAUUUUCCUUUAUUUCUCCCUCUUUUUUUUGACGCUGCGUGCCGAGCGCCAUCAAUCGAUUUGCAUGAACGGAAAAAUGUGAAAAAUUACAAUGAAUAAAAAAGAGAAAUGGCCAAAACGCGUGGUGGUGAGGCGGCUGAGGGUUGGCUUUUCGAUUUGUAACAAUUAUUGGUCGUUACGGGCGCAAGUUUCAAAAACCAAUUCGUGUGUCGUGCCGUGCCCGAGCUCCAAUUAUUGCACCGUUUUGUGGCAUACUCUGUGGCACGGCAUGCUCCUGCUGCCAGGCAUAAUACCUCUUUUGCGCUAGUAACAAUAAACAAAUAUUAUUGACAUGCAAAAAUGCCACAAAAAUGUCAGGAAAUAUAUUCAUUGAAUAGCAAGCAGCAGGCCAGGAAAUGGUCAAACUGGAAACUAUUUCUACAGCAACAUUAAAUCUACAUCCAAUUAAGUGGCACCUUUCCAGGGGGUUCCAGGCGGUUGCUGGACUUGCUCCAAUUGUUUGGAAAUUGCCGUGGGCAUAAUUUUCAUUAGUGCCAAAUUUCAGCUCGCAGUUUAUUUUUAAUUGAAAUCCAUGUUGACACUUUUAUGCGUUUUUGGUAGUCCUUUUUUGGUUGAUUUUAGGCUUCCGUUUGGCUAAAAUGUUCAACAUUUUUCGCCCAAAAACAUUUUCACAGUUUAUUUAUUUAAAUUUAUUGGCUUUGCUCUGUCGGGGGUUAAGCACAUGACAUUUCAAUUUUCAACAAUUGCCAUAAACCGAUACUAUCGCCAUUUUCGCCAAGCAUCAAAGCAGGCCUCCAAGAGUGAGUCGACACUUUUUAGCUGGCAACAAAUGUUGCAAGAAAUUUCCCUUUGUUUGUUUGGAAAUUAUUAUUAAGUAUUUGCGAAGAUUCUGUUGGUAAUUUUGAGCAUUGAGCAGAGUGAGAUAAUGAACACCGAAACCGAAACCGAAACCGAAAACUCAAUCGUGGAGAUCUUAGAUUCAUCGGAAGAUGAGCAGGAGUCGGGCUACCAAAGCUACCAAACCGAAAACUCAAUCGUGGAGAUCUUAGAUUCAUCGGAAGAUGAGCAGGAGUCGGGCUACCAAAGCUACCAAACCGAAAACUCAAUCGUGGAGAUCUUAGAUUCAUCGGAAGAUGAGCAGGAGUCGGGCUACCAAAGCUACCAAACCGAAAACUCAAUCGUGGAGAUCUUAGAUUCAUCGGAAGAUGAGCAGGAGUCGGGCUACCAAGGUGUGCCCGAGGCCGUCACAAUUAUUUGUCCAAGUUCUGACUCCGAACCGGAGGAGGUACACUCCGAUGAAGCCAACCCAACAAUGCCAAGACGUGCCACGCGUCUCAGCAAGGAUGAUCUGAUGCUUGCAGAAUCCCUGCUGGUUGGCCAGGACUCGGAAAAGAUGGUUGAAAAGUUUAAGCUGUCCAUUUACCGCGGAGAUCUGCGUAGGCUUGCGCCCAGCUGCUGGCUGAAUGAUAAUAUUAUCAAUUUCUACCUCUGCCUGAUUGUGGAACGUUCGGAGGCGCUGGACCAUCCCUCGGUGUAUGCCAUGUCGACGUUUUUCGCAGAGAAAUUACUGGAUGGCGGCGGCCAUGCCGCUGUGCGUCGCUGGACUCGGAACGUGAAUAUCUUUGCGUAUGAUCUGAUACUCGUGCCAGUGAAUCAGCAUUUCCACUGGACCUUGGCGGUGAUAGAUAUGGCCAGGCAGGCAAUUACGUACUACGAUUCGAAGGCGGGUGAAAAUUGCAAGUUGCUCACGGCAUUGGAGCGAUAUUUGUGCGAGGAGUUCGAGGACAAACACGGCCAGCCACUGGACCCAAGUCUCUGGGCCAAGGAACAUGAUGCAAUGACGCCACAGCAAUCCAACAACGAUGACUGCGGCGUCUACCUGUGCCUCCUGGCGAAACAUUUAACCGCACAGCCACGACGGUGUAUCCGCAACACGAAUAUAGCUGAGUAUCGGAUAAUAAUGAUGUUGGAAAUUUACGAAAAGUGUCUAAGAGGCUAGGGAAAGUUUGGCGGAUUAAAGAACUGAAUUUCGCCUGUGCUGGCAAACAUUUGAAACUGGCAUUUCCCCCUUUUGCACAUUGCUUUUUCCCAUUGUCUGUCUCUGCAUGUACCUUUCGCAUAACCUUUCUCUCUGUGUUUGUUUUUGUUUGCU